CCGAGGACAUCACCUCGGUUUUAAAACUACAUUAUCUCAGGCUGCUUGCAGGACAAGCACGUCCAUCAUGGAGCAGCAAGGUGAUUUGCAGGCUGCCUCAAACUACAUUAAUAAUGUCUUACUGGCCCGGGGCCUGGUUAAGAGCGGCCGACCGAUUGAUUUUGCGAACCCGGAGAACGAGGAGGGCGGAGUGGCAACCACGAUGGCGAGGAUCAUCAACUUGGUUAACGAUUUGGUUCUGAGAAGAGACCGUGAAGCAGAACAUCGAGAGAACCUAGCGACGACGAUUCGGACACUGCGAGCGGAAGAAUCUCACAAGGCGGUAGAAAUGGAAAAACUCCAAACGAAAAAGUCUGAACUAUCGCGAUCGCUGGCGCUGGCGGAAGCGCAAGAACGAGCUCUCAAGACCAGCAUGUCAAGCGCAGAGGCGACAAUCCGGGGGCUGAAAGAUCAGGUCCAGCGUAUGAAGACGACUGUGCAACAAGUACGAUCCCAAUGUGCCAACGAUAUUCGAAAGCGCGAUCUCGAGCUACAGAAGUUGAAGGCCCAUCUUGCGGACCGACAACGAGGCAAGCGUGAUGGUCUGGGCGUGACGACAAUCAAUAUUAACCCUGCUGCUAGUCAAUCGUCGCGGAGGUACCUGUCAGGGGGUGAGGGUGUGCAUGAUCCAGGAUACAGCUUGAAGCAGGAAACGAACGAAUUCCUUACACAGUUGCUACAGAAUCUUAGCGACGAGAAUGAUUCGCUUAUCUCUCUUGCGCGGAACACUGUUUUUACUUUGAAGGAAUUACAAGGCUUAUCGUCAACAGAAGAGCCGGCUGUUGACAACGGGUACUUGCAGGGGUCAGCUAGUACUGCUCAAAGGUCAACCUACGGGGGCGCUGCCGUCACAAGUCUGCCUGCUUCUUGCGAAGAGCUAUCGGGUGAAAUGGACCAAGUACUGGAACAUCUUCGAACACUGCUUACAAACCCAUCAUUCGUGCCGCUUGAAGAGGUUGAAGUGCGCGAUGAAGAGAUCAAACGACUGCGCGAGGGCUGGGAGAAGAUGGAGAGCCGUUGGAGACAGGCAGUAACCAUGAUGGAUGGUUGGCAUAAGCGGAUUGCACAUGGGGGAGGAUCUGUCCGUGCAGAAGAGCUCCGCAUGGGACUGAAACUCAAUGAUCAUGUCGACCCAAGAUAUUCGCAAGUCCGAGACAAUGACGUGGCUAUGCCGUCGCCUAUUUUCGAGGACCAAGAGGAUGAAGAAGAUGAAUACUUUGGAGUGGAGGCGACAGAGACAGAGCCGAACGAUGACGCCGAGCCCGCACCAGAUGAGCCUCAGGAGACUUCCAGCCGAGCCCUGAAAGAGCGGACCGAUAAUACAGCGUCGGCGAAGCAUCCGCCGCGGAAGGAGGUAUCUUUUACCGAGAAAGACCGCAAGUCUCCAUCGAAAAAACAACAGGAGGACGACACGAUGCCGAUUAAAGCUCAUCAAUCUGAUGCUGUAACUCGACGGCCAUCAAGGAAACGAGUUGAGCCCAAAGGGCCACGUCCGGCCCCUACCCGGAUGAGCGUGCCUCAGAAACUGGCGGCGGCUGAAAGUGAGGCUCGCGCGGCAGAGAAAGCACGCCAAGAGCAAGAGAGCCGAAAGAGGAGUCGUGGAAGUAAAGUUGCUCGGAAGAAGACAGGAGAUCGGCGACGCAGCACACUGACGAGCGAUGAGCUGGGGGAGUUACUGGGCAUGAAGUAGCGUCAACCGUCAUAUACCC